GAAUUAUGCAUGACGGCGUGCAUCGGCCAGGCUGGGGCUGGGCGGGGAUUGGCUGAAGGGGCUGUAAUUCAGCGGUUUCCGGAGCUGCGGCGGCGUAGACCGGGAGGGGGAGCCGGGGGUUCCGACGUCGCAGCCGAGGGAACAAGCCCCAACCGGAUCCUGGACAGGCACCCCGGCUCGGCGCUGUCUCUCCCACUCGGCUCGGAGAAGCCCUUCGGCCUGAGGGAGCCCCGCCGCCCGCCCCCGGCGCACGCGCAGCCCCGGCCUCUUGGCCUCUGCUGGAGAAACAGUUGGGACCCCUGAUUUUAGCAGGAUGGCCCAAUGGAAUCAGCUACAACAGCUUGACACACGGUACCUGGAGCAGCUCCAUCAGCUCUACAGUGACAGCUUCCCAAUGGAGCUGCGGCAGUUUCUGGCCCCUUGGAUCGAGAGUCAAGACUGGGCAUAUGCAGCCAGCAAAGAAUCACAUGCCACUUUGGUGUUUCAUAAUCUCCUUGGCGAGAUUGACCAGCAAUAUAGCCGCUUCCUGCAAGAGUCGAAUGUUCUCUAUCAGCACAAUCUACGAAGAAUCAAGCAGUUUCUUCAGAGCAGGUAUCUUGAGAAGCCAAUGGAGAUUGCCCGGAUUGUGGCCCGGUGCCUGUGGGAAGAGUCACGCCUCCUACAGACUGCAGCCACUGCGGCCCAGCAAGGGGGCCAGGCCAACCACCCCACAGCAGCUGUGGUGACGGAGAAGCAGCAGAUGCUGGAGCAGCACCUUCAGGAUGUCCGGAAGAGAGUGCAGGAUCUAGAACAGAAAAUGAAAGUGGUAGAGAAUCUCCAGGAUGACUUUGAUUUCAACUAUAAAACCCUCAAGAGUCAAGGAGACAUGCAAGAUCUGAAUGGAAACAACCAGUCAGUGACCAGGCAGAAGAUGCAGCAGCUGGAACAGAUGCUCACUGCGCUGGACCAGAUGCGGAGAAGCAUCGUGAGUGAGCUGGCGGGGCUUUUGUCAGCGAUGGAGUACGUGCAGAAAACUCUCACAGACGAGGAGCUGGCUGACUGGAAGAGGCGGCAACAGAUUGCCUGCAUUGGAGGUCCGCCCAACAUCUGCCUAGAUCGGCUAGAAAACUGGAUAACGUCAUUAGCAGAAUCUCAACUUCAGACCCGUCAACAAAUUAAGAAACUGGAGGAGUUGCAGCAAAAAGUUUCCUACAAAGGGGACCCUAUUGUACAGCACCGGCCGAUGCUGGAGGAGAGAAUCGUGGAGCUGUUCAGAAACUUAAUGAAAAGUGCCUUUGUGGUGGAGCGGCAGCCUUGCAUGCCCAUGCAUCCCGACCGGCCCCUCGUCAUUAAGACUGGUGUCCAGUUCACUACCAAAGUCAGGUUGCUGGUCAAAUUCCCUGAGUUAAAUUAUCAGCUUAAAAUUAAAGUGUGCAUUGACAAAGACUCUGGGGAUGUUGCAGCUCUCAGAGGAUCCCGGAAAUUUAACAUUCUGGGCACAAACACAAAAGUGAUGAACAUGGAAGAGUCCAACAACGGCAGCCUCUCUGCGGAAUUCAAACACUUGACCCUGAGGGAGCAGAGAUGUGGGAAUGGGGGCCGAGCCAAUUGUGAUGCUUCCCUGAUUGUGACUGAGGAGCUGCACCUGAUCACCUUUGAGACAGAGGUGUAUCACCAAGGCCUCAAGAUUGACCUAGAGACCCACUCCUUGCCAGUCGUGGUGAUCUCCAACAUCUGUCAGAUGCCAAAUGCCUGGGCGUCCAUCCUGUGGUACAACAUGCUGACCAACAAUCCCAAGAACGUAAACUUUUUUACCAAGCCCCCAAUCGGAACCUGGGAUCAAGUGGCUGAGGUCCUGAGCUGGCAGUUCUCCUCCACCACCAAGCGAGGACUGAGCAUCGAGCAGCUGACUACACUGGCAGAGAAACUCUUGGGUCUGCAUUUCACCCCUUCUCCCUCCCGCCUGCCCAGAAAAGGGAUCCGGCCCAUAGGGCUGUUCAUUUGGGCCAUGUCUUCUGAGCAUUAGGCCAUGUUUGUUUCCUGAGCAAGGUGCUAUGCUGGUGCCAGGAAACAGGGGCUCCAUCAAGCUGGGGAGUUGGAGUGCAGAGACAGUUUGCAGUUUUCAGUUGAGGUGAUCAUUUUUGAGGUGGGAGGUGGAUUUCUUUUCUCCUGGUUGCUGUCUCAUUCACCCUCUCCAACUAACCUUAGAAGAUCUUUUAAAUGUGUGUUGGAAGGUGGCGCUAAAGGCUUGACAUUCCCUGUCCAUUUCUUUAA